GUGGUGUUUAAGUUUAGACUGUUUUUUUUUUAUUCUAUUUUAUUUUACUUAUUUUAUUUUACUUUAUUUUAUUAUUUUUUUUUAUUAUUAUUUUUACCCAGACACUUUUAUUUUAAAGAAACAACACGGUGUCUCUGUAAUUCCGUUUUCCGGACUGGUCUCUGGCUGUUAUUGAAAUGCUUCUAACCGCUUAAAAAUUGCACAUGUGGCAUUCUAAUUAUUACAGGAAUUGUUACUAAUUAAAUACAGUGCUGCUGUCAAGAGAGAAGCUUUCCACUGCAACCAGUCAUGAUCAGGCACUGGUGGACAUUUUCACAUUGUGUCUUAAGAAUUCAGACAAAUUAUGUACUUCCAAAACCAGUUAGAAUACUUUUGCCCUUGUCACCAUUCACAUGUACUGCAUCCCCACGUACUCAUUCUACCAACAUCAAGAUGCGCUCCUACUUACAGUAUAUGAAAAGGAAAGUCAAAGGUGCACCAUCUCCUCCAUACAAUCACGUGUGCCAGGUUGGAGAUCCUGUGUUACGUUCACAGGCUGCGGCAGUAGAACCUGGAGCCAUUCAGGGACCAGAAGUGCAGAAGGUCAUAAAGACCCUGGUCAAUGUGAUGAGAAAGCUUGAGUGUGUCGGCCUGAGCGCACCCCAGAUUGGUGUUCCUCUACGAAUAUUAGCCUUGGAGUAUCCCAAAAAAAUGCUGGAUUACAGCUCAGUCACUUCUAUUGAAGCUCGGGGUCUGGUGGCAGUGCCCCUUAUGAUUUUUGUAAACCCAGAGUUGCGUGUACUAGAUGGACGCACUGUCAUCUUCCAAGAGGCAUGUGAGAGUAUCUGUGGGUAUUCAGCAUCCGUUCCACGCUAUGUGUCUGUAGAAGUCUCAGGUCUUAAUGAGAAAGCAGAGCCUGUCAGCUGGCAAGCGAGUGGGUGGCCGGCCAGAAUACUGCAGCAUGAAAUGGAUCACCUCAAUGGAGUUUUAUAUAUCGAUCGCAUGGACAGUAAAACUUUCAUUAAUGUAAAAUGGGAAGAGUACAAUGAAUAAAGCUUUGGGAACUUUAUUGCAACCUUACCUUUGGAUUUCAGAGAAAAUGGACAUUCAUAUCAAUCUUUUGUUAUCUGAUACAUGCAUUUUAAUCUCAGUUUAUCACAUUUUCCACUUUUCCUUUGCGGAUAGUAUACGACUAUGGAGAUUACAUCUUCAUCUUCAUUAGUAGUAUUUUUUUUUAUUAUUAUUAUGUUUAGAAUUUAUUUUGAUGUUUUAAAUAAAAGUACAAGCAGAA